AUGCAAGCGCAUACAAUGUCACCGAGCAUCUCGAGCCAGCCCGUAUCGGAUGCCACCGUCGUGCCUCGUGUCGGCGUUGCCGUCUUUGUGCUCAACGAGAAGGGUCAUGUGCUCAUCGGCAGACGCACAGGCAGUCAUGGCGCGGGCACACUCGCUCUUCCAGGCGGACACCUCGAGCUGCACGAGUCAUUCUACGACUGUGCCGCCCGUGAGACGUUCGAGGAGACUGGUCUCGUUCUCGAGCCGCCGCAGUCUCAGGCUCAAUCCGAGCUGCUCGUCCCAUCGCCACCAUCUCUACAUGCGCACCUUGGGCCGCAGUCUCCCUCACAGCCUAUCCUGGCGUCCACCGCGCUGUCGCCGUCCCCCUUUGACUCGGCGUCACCUUCGGCCGCGGCAGCAUCGAAGCCACUCGACGACCUCGUGCCACGUAUACCUCCCACGCCUCUGCAGUUUCUCACAGCCCAGAAUUCGGUUCGCAUGAAGGACUACGGCGAGAAGGGAAACGGAAAGCACUACGUCACCAUCUUUAUGAAAGCAAGCGUCCGAUACGAUCCUGAAAAUCCGGUGGCACAGGCUCAGAUCAUGGAGCCCAGCAAAUGUCUCGGCUGGUGCUGGAUUCCCGUAUCGUACCUCUUCCGUGCUGCGCAUCGACAGCAGGAGCUCCAACUCUUGCAGCUCGCUGCCGCAUCCGAGGGUCGAUCGCUACCGGUGUCCAUCGACAAGCUCCUCGAGGCCGAGAGCCUUGCUCAAGCCCUGCAAGAAGCCGACGAGACCGAUCCCGUCUCAAGCUUUGGCUCACCAACGACAACUGGUCCGAUGGGAAGCAGCAUAAGAAGGCCAUCCGUCGCCUCCCCGCCCCACGCCAACGGGCAUCAAGAUGUCCAAAGCGCCCAAGAGAUCCUCGCAUGGGCCGAGGCCGACGACUUCGCACGUGGCGCUCCUCUCUUUCAGCCUCUUGUCAAUGUUAUCAUUGAUCAUCCCGGCUUGCAGCUGGCAUAG